AUGGUAUUAAUGAAGAUAAUCAAAUCUAUUGAUAGAGAGAAUUCAUAUAUAUCAAUACCACCAUAUUCAAUGUCUCUAUGGAAUCAAUGUUUAAAAUUAUUAUCAACAAAUUCAACAAUUACAAAUUUAUCAAUUACUCAUAAUUGUAGAAGCACCAAGGAAUGUGAGUGGGAUGAAAAUGAAGAUUAUGAAAAUGAAUAUACAAAUACAAAUAUAGAUUUAAUUACUAAAUCUAUUGUAUCAAUGCUCGACCAAAAUACAACGCUUGAAUCAAUUAAUAUUUUUGCAUUUUGGGAUUUCAAUGAAAUAUCAUAUUUAACAAAAAAUACAAAAUGUAAAAUUAGUUAA